UUAAGAAACUUAUUGCAAGACAUUUUGUAAAUAGACAAUCAGCGUCAUGGCUGCCGCAAGUGGUGAACUGUCCAAGAAGUAAGUACAUGUCGUAAGCAGCAAAUUAAAACGGGAAUAUCUAAAAGCGACACGAAAGCCAAAAAUAAAGCGGCCAAGCUGGCGCGCAACUUUGAGGUUAAGUUGAAAGGCACUAUCAGGCUGCCCAGAAUAAAACGAUACGUACGUCCUAGAUAAAGCAAAAGUUAAGCCUAGUGGACAGCAAACAUGUACGGACGUUUAGCGUUAAGGCAGCUUAUGCAAUUGCCAAGGCUAACAGCGUCUGCGGCAAACUGGAGAUUUCACCAUGUGAGCAGCAUGCAGCAAGCGCCUAGCAAAGCCACCAAACUUGAGCUCAAACGCCGGCUAAAGGCUGAGCAGAAGGCCAAGGAGAAGGCGGAGAAAGACGCAACACGCGCUGCUGAUGCAGCGGCAAAGCCGAAAGCCAAUGGCGCCGCUGCUGCUGGUGCUGCUGCAAUAGAUGAAGAGGAAAUCUCACCAAACGAAUACUUUAAACUACGCUCCGCAGCUGUUGCUGAGCUUAAGCAAAAGCCAGAGACAGAUCCGUAUCCACAUAAAUUCAAUGUAAGCAGCUCACUUGAAAGCUUUAUUGAAAAGUACAGUGAGCUCAAGGAUGGUGAGACGCUGGAGCAGGUUAAUAUUAGCGUGGCGGGACGUAUACACGCCAUACGCGCCUCAGGCGCCAAACUAAUCUUCUACGAUCUGCGCGGAGAAGGCGUCAAGCUGCAGGUGAUGGCCAGCGCAAAGGGCUACAAGAGCGAAGCUGACUUUGAGGCAGACACAGCCAAGCUGCGUCGCGGUGACAUCAUCGGCGUUAAUGGGCAUCCUGGCAAGACAAAGAAGGGCGAGCUGUCUAUUAUGCCCACAGAGCUGAAACUGUUGUCGCCUUGUCUGCACAUGCUGCCGCAUUUGCACUUUGGGCUUAAGGACAAGGAGACGCGCUUUCGCCAGCGCUAUCUGGACCUCAUACUCAACAACAAAGUGCGCGAGACUUUCCAAAUACGCGCCAAGAUCAUUUCGUUUGUGCGUCAGUUUUUGGAUCGCAUGGGCUUCUUGGAGAUUGAAACUCCCAUGAUGAACAUGAUUGCUGGCGGUGCAACGGCCAAGCCUUUUGUAACACAUCACAAUGACCUCAAGAUGGAUUUGUUUAUGCGCAUUGCGCCCGAGCUGUAUCACAAGAUGCUUGUGGUUGGCGGCCUGGAUCGUGUCUAUGAGAUUGGUCGUCAGUUCCGCAAUGAAGGCAUCGAUUUGACACACAAUCCGGAAUUUACCACAUGUGAAUUUUAUAUGGCAUAUGCUGACUAUCACGAUAUAAUUGAGAUCACAGAGAAAAUGAUCUCGGGCAUGGUCAUGGCCAUACAUGGUAGCUAUAAAAUCAAAUAUCAUCCCGAGGGUGCCGACGGCCCGGAGAUGGAGCUCGACUUUACGCCACCCUUCAAGCGUGUGUCCAUGAUUAAAACGCUGGAGGAGAAACUGCAGGUCAAGUUUCCCGCAGCGGAUACGUUCAACACGCGCGAGACCAACGAGUUUCUAUCGAAGCUGUGCAUCAAGCAUCAGGUGGAAUGUCCAGCGCCACGCACCACGGCACGCCUGCUGGACAAGCUAGUCGGCGAUUUCAUUGAGGAGACCUGCAUCAGUCCAACGUUUAUCUGUGAGCAUCCACAGAUUAUGUCGCCACUGGCCAAAUAUCAUCGCAGUGUGCCUGGCCUAACUGAACGCUUUGAGCUGUUUGUGGCCAAGAAGGAAGUGUGCAAUGCCUACACGGAGUUGAACGAUCCGGUGGUGCAGCGUGAACGCUUCGAGCAGCAGGCCAGCGACAAGGCUGCUGGCGAUGAUGAGGCACAGAUGGUGGACGAGAACUUUUGCACUGCACUGGAGUAUGGAUUGCCACCCACAGGCGGCUGGGGCAUGGGCAUUGAUCGUCUUACUAUGUUCCUCACCGAUUCUAACAAUAUUAAGGAGGUGCUGCUCUUCCCUGCUAUGAAACCAGAGGAAGCCAAUCGCACGCCCGCUGCUCAUGCUAAUGAUACUUCUGCCUCAGCUGCUCAGCAGCAGUAAACUGCCUAUGCUUUAAAUUAUCUGCGCUGCGUUUAAAUUAUCUUCCCAUUUUUUUUUUUGCAUAAAAAUAAAACAAACUG